CAGCAAUGGCAGAAAACACAAGUCCAGCUAUCACUAUGACUUGUGAGGUUUGUUCAGAGUAUUACACUGAUCCCCUCAUGCUUCCCUGUCUUCACUCAUUCUGUAAGAAGUGUCUAAUAAAAGCUAAAGAGAAGCAAGGUAGUGCUGAUACCUCAUUAAAGUGUCCAACGUGUGACACUAGCGUUAAUUUACCUGAUGGUAACAUUGAAGGCCUCACUCAAAACCUUUGGCUAGCUCAACAAGUGAGGGAAGCAUCCGUUAAAGAUAAAAUGAGCAAGAAAGAAAGCACAUUAUGUGAGCAAUGCAGUGAUGAUACUGCUGUCACUUUUUGCUGUGAGUGUUGGCUGUUUCUAUGCGAUUUCUGCAAGACAGCGCACAAGAGAAUAAAGACUACAAGUCAACACAAACUGGUUGACAUGGGAAAGGAGAGCGCCAUUGAAGAAUUGCCUGUCACAGCACAGCAGCCAGUCUAUUGCCCACGACACCCACGAUCAGAGCUAUUAUACUACUGCAAUGAUUGUGAAGUAAUGACCUGCCUCAAUUGCCUGCCUACUAAGCAUAAAGAUCAUGCUUAUGAUGAUUACAUUGACGUAGGAGAAACAGCACGUAAAGCAUUAAAGGAAAGUGUUGCUAGUUGUGAUGGAGUCAUUCCUCCAGUCACUGAAGCUAUUGCUAAUGGAAAGAAGAUGCUAGAGCAGAUAGCAACACAUAAAGAAGAAGUAAGCAAGAAAAUCAAGGAAACGUUUGAAGAGCUUAAAGCUGCUUUAGAUAAGAGAUGCAAUGAUCUACAAAUGGAGACAGAAGAGAUUGCUAGUGCUAAAAGAAAUUCAGUUGAGAAGCAGUUGGAUGGGUUUUGUAAACUGGUAAAACAGGUUUCUCAUGGUCGUCAUCUUGCAUCAUCAGUGAGUGAGCGUACUAAUCCAGGUGAAGUUCUCAGUGUUAAGAAGCUAAUCACCAAUCAACUAGAGGAAUGCAUUGAAGAGUGUAAGAAACUACCUCUAGAAAUAGAAGACAAAGGAGCCAUUUUAACACGUCUAGAUUCGCCUUCUUUAAGUAAAAAAAUCAACGAGUUUGGAAAUGUUUUCAAGCUUGAGCAGCUUGAGCCAACACUUUAUUCCAUUGAUAGUGGGUUAGCUAUUCCACUGGCAACAGUAGAGAAGGAAAGGAAAUUCAAAGUGGCUCUACCAGCAGGAAUUGAUAAAGCAGCAAGUUAUUUGAAGGCUUCCUUUAUCAAAAGCGAUGGUAGUAAAGAGGAGGGUAGAGUUGUUAUAGUUAAUGAUAACAACACAGCCAUUGUAUCAUGCACACCUCAAAGUAUUGGUGGAUAUGAACUAUCAGUGACUAUAAGAGGUCACCAUAUUAAAGGUAGUCCUUAUCAACUGUCAGUAAAAGCAUCAAGAGACUAUACCACACUAACUAACCAGAGAUCCUUUAACAUGGGGAAUCAGGAAGACAGUUUGCGUACUAUCGAUAAUUAUUAUGAUGCCACAGGAUUUCUUUGGAGCUAUCAAUCCUGGUACAAUGCAGCUACAGGAAUGCGGACUGGAUCUUUAUAG